AGCCUUGUGAGCCAACUUCAGAGGGUUCAUCCACGCUUUAGAGCCACACAUAACCUUUCCCCAAGACUUCCCGAGCAGUCAGUGGCAUUUUGCAAUUUUUACAGUGAAAAUUUCUAUUGUCCAGAGUUUUUAAGCCCCCCAACAGUGAUUGUAAACGAGAUGGCUGAGACUAUGAGGCAAAAUAUCGCAGUGAUGUUGAGGAGCAUCGAGAGAUACAAUCCCGAGAAUUUAACGACUCUAGAGAAAUACGUGGAGCUGCAGGCCAGGGAGAAUGCCUACGAUCUCGAGGCCAAUCUGGCCCUCCUGAAGCUGUACCAACUCAAUCCCCAACGGUUUGACAUUCAUGUGACAUGUCAAAUCCUCCUCAAAGCCCUCACCAAUCUCCCUCACACGGAUUUCGUUCUCUGCAAGUGUCUUUUGAGUGAGAAAAUCAUGCAACAAGACCCUAUCAGCCAGAUAAUCUACCUGGGCGAUAUUCUGGAGCAGUGUGACUUCCAACACUUCUGGGACAGAAUGAUCUCCAUGUCUGAGCUAUGCGACAAAAUCGUGGGCUUCCAGGACUCGAUAAGGAAAUUCGUGUGUCACGUAGUUGGUAUCACAUUUCAAACAAUUGAUAAGAGUCUGCUUGCACAAUUGCUCGGCAGCGUCGAUGAUUCAACGCUGAAACACUGGGUGAAGAAAUACGGAUGGCAAGAGCAGAGCAAAAAUGUCAUUUUCAUCGCUAAUCAGGAUGAAAAUAUCAAGACAAAGAAUAUCACCGAAAAAAUUGAUUUCGAAAAUGUCGCAGGGCUGAUGGCUGCCUGUCUUUAGUUCUAAUUUUCAAUAAAUUUCCUUCAUAUUCCAACUUUCCCCAGGAAUUUAUUCUCGAUAAUUUCCUAUUUUUAUUUAUUCCUCGAUCUGUAGAUCACAAAUUGGAAAAAUUCUGGUUCUAUUGUGAUUGUUAUUUACAUUUAUUAUCAACAAAAAUAAAUAGCAUUUGUCAGUCA